AUGAAACGGAACCUCGAAGAUUUUAUCUACAAUGCCUUAUCCUCCUCCGAAUUAGUCUCCGUCAGGAUGAGGUUAGACGAUCCUAACCCCGACUCUCCUUCUUCCACUGCAACCCUAAAUUCAUUACCUGAUGUGAAUCACAAGAAGAAGAGAGAAGGUAGGCCCAAUAAGCGAUCAGAGCAUUUGCUGGGUAAUCACGUUAAAACUCGAGCGGCCGCAGCUAGGGAAGCGGCGGCGGUUGGUGUUGAGCCGAAGCAACAAAAGAAGUCGCGGCUGCCGACUAAGAAGAAAAAAGAGGGUUUAGCAAAAAAGCCGGUAGUUGUCAUUUCUGAAGCAGAUGAGGAUAAAAAGCGAUCAGAGGAAACAGGAGAAGAGACAUUCAAAGUAGCAAUGGCGGAUGGAAGCGGUGGCUUGAGCGCUAACAAGGUUACAGGCCAGGAAGAAGAAGGGAAUACCGCCCCUUUUCCUGAAAGGGUUCAAGUAGGUGGAUCACCUCAAUAUAAGGUCGAAAGAAAAUUAGGGAAAGGUGGAUUUGGUCAGGUAUUUGUUGGUCGUCGUGUAUCUGGUGGAACUGAUCGCAUAUUAGGUCCUGGUGCUACAGAGGUAGCUCUUAAGUUUAAGCAUAGAAACAACAAAGGUUGCAGUUAUGGUCCUCCAUACGAGUGGCAAGUUUACAUUACUCUGGGUGGGAGUCAUGGAGUGCCUAAAGUUCUUUAUAAAGGAAAACAAGGAGAUUACUAUGUUAUGGUCAUGGACAUGUUGGUGCCUAGUUUGUGGGAUGUUUGGAAUUCUUCUGGACAAACGAUGUCAUCAGAAAUGGUGGCUUGUAUAGCUGUGGAAUCUUUAUCAAUUUUGGAAAAGAUUUCUACAAGAGGUUAUGUGCAUGGAGAUGUAAAGCCAGAGAAUUUUUUACUUGGUCAACCAUCAACAGCUCAAGAGAAGAAACUAUUUCUUGUUGACUUAGGGCUAGCAACAAAGUGGAGAGAAAGUACAAAUGGUCAACAUGUUGACUACGAUCAAAGGCUUGGCAUGUUUAGUUAG